GGUGGUGAAGCAGACAGAGAUCGUGGAGCCCCAUAGAGAUUCUGAAGGUGGGGGGCUUUGUGCAGUGCGCCCAGCAGCUGUGCAGUGUUGCGUUCCGGGUCGUGUGGCGCUCUCGGGGCUGCGGUGCGUUAGGUGCUGACUUGACCCCCGGAGGCAGAAGCCAGCAGGAUGAAGGUGAAGAUAAAGAGCUGGAAUGGGGUAGCCUCUUGGCUCUGGGUGGCCAAUGAUGAGAACUGUGGCAUCUGCCGGAUGGCCUUCAAUGGCUGCUGCCCAGACUGUAAGGUGCCUGGAGACGACUGCCCACUGGUGUGGGGCCAGUGCUCCCACUGCUUCCACAUGCACUGCAUUCUCAAGUGGCUGAAUUCCCAGCAGGUCCAGCAGCACUGUCCCAUGUGCCGGCAGGAGUGGAAGUUCAAGGAGUGACAGCCCCUCCCCCAGCCAGCAGAUCUACUUGGAUUUCACACGCUAUUGCUAACGUGUUUUCUUGGGAUUUAGUCUCCUCUCUCCAGACCCUGGAACAGUGAAUUAUUUAUACAGCUUCUUGCGUUUCCCUAGCCCUUCCAGAGGAACCUUGCCCACAGACUGUUAUGACUCACCAUAGGCAAGAGGGAAGCCUGGGGCAGAGGGAGCAUCUGAGUGGUGCAUAUUAACCUUUCCCGCAGAGAUGCCGGUUCAACACGCUGUCACAGCUUUCAGCAUUAAUUGUUUCAUCCUGAGCUGAGACUGAGCAUCCCACAUGAGUUCAUACACUUGAGUCUACGCAGCAUGUGUGUGUGUGUCAGUAAAAAGCCCCUUUUGCCAUGCAGACAUGGAUCUGUGGUUUGGGUGCCUUAUUUAAAACACCCUGGACCUGAUUGUUAAGACAUGGCUUGUCCUUUGCAACUCCACGCCAUGUCAGUAGGGUCAGUGUCUGACCCUUUGAGAAGCUGCUUCCUAAACUAAAGGGGACCUCCCUGUUUAAAUAAUACCUCUCCCAGCUCUUGCAUCAGGGGUACCUUCCCAUCCGUGUUCUCUGAAAAGGCCUCUGAGUCCUGGCUUGCCCUGCCCCCCUCACAUCCUGAGACAUCACCACUAUUGCAUGCUGCAGAGUCGGUAUUGGCAUUGCCUGUCAAGUGGGGAGAGAUGGUCCUGCAAGUUGAAAUGGGCUUCUUAGGGCCGUGUGCAGCUCUCUAUCCAUGAUCUCAGCUGCUUAUGCCUUUGCAGCCAUUCCCCGUGCACCGCAGGCAGGCUGGGCCCUGAGCUAAUACCUUCACAUGCAGCAGUACAGAAACGAAGGCUGUUGUGUGACCCGUGGGAUACAGGGCCUGUUCCCACCAGAGACCUAGCCGCUGGUCCGUUGUGCUGUGCAGCGCCAGAAUCAUGCCAGUUCUUUGAACCCUCGUGGCUUUGGGACGAGGCCCCUUGCCAACAAUGUGUCACUUUCCGGCUGUAGUGUGGCAAUCCCUGGACUGGUGUCAAUAAACUCAUGGCU